CUCCUGAUCAUUCAUUUACUUGCUCAGGCCACGUUCCUCCUCCUUCCCUUUCUCACUUUCCACGCAGACCUCUCUCUCCUACCUCACGCACUCUCUCUCUGUCGCUCUCGCUGUGCAGAACACUGUGUGCUAACGGUGCACAGCCUUCCUGGCCGCCCAAACCAAGGACACCACGAGCUUCGUCUUGUCCUCACGAGCUCAGAGCACCCAGCCUCACUUUGAACUUCCUUCCCGAUCGUCGGGAUCGAAGCUCAGAUAGUCCACAACUUUCCGGCCAUUUUCCGGCCAAACCAAGGGUACAAGUCCUUUUGUCUCGUUUCGAGGUAAGAUUUUCAUUCUUGAAUUACUCAAUUUGGUUGAGAAAUAAGGAAGUUAUGACGAUUGAAAAUGUGUAGAAAAAGGGCCAAAACCCAGUUUCCGGCGAGUUUACUCUGGCCAGCUUUUUGUGACCUGAACUACUGAAGUGCCAUAACGGUGCCAUGACAGCCCACGAAGCGUCUUCUUCUUCCUCCUCCAAGUCAAAACUUUGGAAUUACGACGUGUUCUUGAGCUUCAGAGGCGAAGACACGCGCAAGGGCUUCACGGGCCAUCUCCACGCGGCAUUAAAAGACAGGGGAUACCAGGCUUAUAUCGAUGAGGACGAUCUAAAAAGAGGGGAAGAAAUAAAAGAGGAACUGUUCCGGACAAUUGAAUGGUCGAGGAUCUCCAUCAUUGUCUUCUCAAAGAGAUAUGCGGAUUCAAGUUGGUGUCUUGACGAGCUGGUGAAGAUCAUGGAGUGCAGAUCCAAACUGGGGCGACAUGUUUUGCCAAUAUUCUAUCAUGUUGAUCCUUCACAUGUCAGGAAGCAGGACGGAGAUUUAGCCGAAGCAUUUCAGAAGCACGAAGAGGGCAUCGGUGAAGAAAAAGAUGGCAAGAAAUGUGAAGCUAAACGAGAAAGGGUAAAGCAGUGGAGAAAGGCUCUCACAGAAGCUGCAAAUUUGUCUGGCCACCAUCUUCAAAUCACUGACAAUGGGCGCGAAGCAGAGUUCAUUAGAAAAAUUGUUGAUGAGAAUAUUUGUAAAUGGCUCACCAGCACAAACGAAUUACAUGUGGCCAAUCAUCCAGUUGGAAUCGAUUCUCGCAUUCAAGAUAUCAUCACUUAUCUUUCAAGUGGUGGAUCAAAUGAUGUUCGCAUGGUUGGAAUUUGGGGGAUGGGUGGAGUGGGUAAAACAACAAUUGCCAAAGCCAUUUAUAACCAAAUUCAUCCUAUGUUCCAAUUCAAAAGUUUCCUUGCCGACGUUCGCGAUGCUACAAGUAAACAUGGUCUGGUUUAUUUGCAAGAAAAACUUAUUUCUGACAUCUUGAAAAAGAAGCUUGAAAUAAGCUCUGUUGAUGAAGGUAUCGGUAUGAUACAACAAUUUCGACAUAAAAGGGUACUUGUCAUCUUGGACAACAUAGACAAAGAAGAACAACUGGAUGCAAUAGCUGGAAAUCAUAAUUGGUUUGGUCCAGGGAGUAGAAUUAUCCUAACAACAAGAGAUGAACAUUUACUAAAGCAAGGGAAAGUGCACAACAUAUAUCCGGCUCAGAAAUUCGAGAAAGGAGAAGCUCUGGAGCUCUUUAGUUGGCAUGCCUUUGGAAAUAGUUGUCCAAACAAAGGAUAUCUUGAACUCUCAAAAAAGGUUGUUUCUUAUUGUGGAGGUUUGCCACUAGCCCUUAAAGUUUUAGGUUCAUUUUUGUAUGAAAGAACCAUGGCAGAGUGGGAAAGUCAAUUGGAGAAAUUGGAAAGAACUCCAGAUGGAAAAAUAAUAAAACCACUAAGAAUAAGCUUUGAUGGUCUAGAUGAUAGACAGAAGGCUAUAUUCCUUGACAUAUCUUGUUUCUUUAUUCGAAUGAACAAGGACUAUGUCGCAAAAAUAUUAGAUGGAUGUGGAUUUUUUGCGACAAUAGAAAUCAGUGUCCUCCGUGAACGAUGCCUUGUAACGGUUGAAGACAAUGUGUUGAAUAUGCAUGAUUUGCUUCGAGAAAUGGCCAGGGUAAUCAUUUGAAAAUCCCCUAAUCACCUUGGAAAAUGGAGUAGGUUGUGGAACUAUCAAGAGGUCGUCGAUGUCUUGGAAAAUAAAUCUGGAACCGAAGAAGUUGAAGGACUUUUUCUACAAUCCCCUGAUCAUUUGUUGAGCUACAUGCCUAGUUUCAGUACAGAAGCAUUUGCCAAUAUGAAGAAACUGAAAUUGCUUCACUUCAGCGACGCAGAGCUCAAAGGAGAAUACAAACAUUUUCCCAGAGAAUUAAUAUGGUUGUGCUGGGGAGGGUGCCAUUUAAAGUCCAUACCAAAUGACUUUUUCAAUCAAGAUAAACUAGUUAUUUUAGACAUGCAGGGGAGCGAACUGGUACAAGUUUGGGAGGGUUCCAAGUCGCUACAUAACUUGAAAACCCUUAAUCUCAGCCAUUCCUGGUCCUUACAGAAAUCACCAGACUUUUCACAAGUCCCAAAUCUUGAAGAGUUGAUAUUGCAAAGUUGUGAGAGGUUGUCCGAGAUUCACCCCUCCGUUGGUCAUCUUAAAAGACUUUCUUUGGUGAACCUUGAGAGGUGUCUCAAUCUUAUUUCUCUUCCAGGGGAUUUCUACAAGUCGAAAUCUGUUGAGACUCUUCUUCUUAGUGGAUGUUCAAAAUUCGUAGAACUGCAUGAGGAUAUAGGGGAGAUGAUAUCACUGAGAACACUUGUAGCGGAUUUCACAGCCAUUAGACGAGUACCACCUUCCAUAGUAAGAUUGAAGAAUCUCACUCAUUUAUAUCUCUCAUCCUGCAGUUUAGAUGAUGAUGGAAUCCUUAAGGAUCUUGGGAGUCUAAUUUCUUUACAAGCUUUGCACCUUGGAUCGAACUAUUUUCGUAUCCUACCCAGCCUCAGUGGUCUUUCAAAGCUUGAAGCUCUGGAGUUAUAUAAUUGCAAGAAACUUCAUACAAUAUCUGAUUUACCAACAAGUUUGAAAUUUCUGUAUGCGAAUGAGUGCCCUGCAUUGAAAACAAUGCCCAAUUUUUCGGAAAUGUCAAAUAUGAGAGAACUGAAAGUAAGGAAUUCACACAAACUCACUGAAGUUCCAGGCUUGCACAAGUCAUUAAACUCCAUGACAUGGAUUAAUAUGCGAGGGUGCAUCAAUCUCACAACUGAUUUUAGGAAGAACAUCCUACAGGGAUGGACUUCUUGCGGAUUUGGUGGCAUUUUUCUGUACAGGAAUUUUGUUCCUGAUUGGUUUGAGUUUGUUAACGAUGGUAAUAGAGUCAGUUUUGAUAUUCCCCCGAACGAUGGCCGUACUUUUGAAGGGUUGACUGUGUGCUGCUUUUGCAACUAUGUAGUUGCACAAAUUUUUAAAUUUGGCAUUACUGUUAUAAAUAAUACCAAGCGUACUGAGUUGCACGUUUUCUUUGGCAACCAAAUUUGGAAUAAGUACUUACUUUGGCAAGGUCAAUUAUCGAACGAUAUGCUCGAAUUGGAAAGUGGGGAUAAAAUUGAAGUUAUAAUAUCUAAUUAUUAUGGGCCACCGAAGAGAACAACUUACCAUCCAGUGUCAUUGAAGAGAACAAUGGUUAAUCUAGUGUGGAACAAACCUAUGAAGGAAAAUACGAAUGAUUUGGACAAAGUUGAUUAUGGUUUUUACCGACAUCCAGCUCGGUUCUACGCGGAGUCAUCUGCUGUUGUGUGGGCAUCUGAUGAAGAUGAAGAUGAAGAACCAUGUACAGAUGAAGAUGAAGAUGAAGAACCAAGUACAGAUAAAGAUGAAGACGAAGUUGAAGAACCAUGCACAUAUGAAGAUGAAGAUGGAGAUGAAGAUGAAGAUGAAGAUGAAGAUGGAGAUGGAGAUGAAGAUGAAGAUGGAGAUGGAGAUGAAGAUGAAGAUGAAGAUGAAGAUGAAGAUGAAGUUAAAAAGUCAAGGAGUACAUCAGGAUUCGCAUCAGGUGAAGUGAUGGAAGAGAGCAUAGCCGACUUAAUGGGCGCAUGUGACAGAAGAAAACUAGCAGUAGUAGUGCAUGAUCAUGAUCCCCUUGACCGUGCGCAUUUAUGCCCUUCCUUGUCUCUUGAUACUCUUCCUGCAGGCCGUCAUAUUCAGUCUCGUUUGCGACAGCCUCGUUUGUGGCAGCCUCAUGCUCAGCCUCAAACUCGUCUGGAGAAUCUCCCAGUACUCUUCCAGCCACAGGGUCCUGCAGUCAGUAACAGAGAUCACAUAUCCGACCCAAUGGACAAAGAUCCUCUUACACGCCUUUCUUUGUCUCUUGAUCACUCAUCUACUUGUUCAGGUAACAUUCAGCAAAACUAAAGUGAUGGAUUUCUCAACAGAAAAUCUCCGAAUUUUUCUCCACUUUCAAACAUUCUGCCAUCAUCUGCACUCCGACUCGUGUCUUGAAGCUCAAUCUGCAAGGCAGGGAUAAAGUUGAAGUUGAUCUAAUUUGGCUGGAUCAUACAAUUAUGUUUCAUUAAUUACAACAUGGGUUAAUCUAGUAUGGGACAUCCAGCUUGGUUCAAUGGUGAGGCACAAUCUAGGUGGUGAUUCGUCAUCAUCACAUAUCAGAGUCACAUCAGAGUCCGUUCGUCAAACGCCUCUUUUGUUUUUCGCUUUUCCAGUUCGAUAAUGAAGACCAGUCCAUAUUUCAUACUUCUUUCAGAUUCCUA